UAGCUCGCAACAAUCGUAAGUUUAAUUCUAAUGAUGGAUAAACAUUUAGUAGAUUUUGACUGGAAAUUAAAGGUAAAUCACUGAAAUAUAGUUGUUUAUUUUAUUACUUUAUAAUGAACGUUGAUCUUUUUAUGUGUCGUCACAUGAAGUAUGAAGUAUUUGUUUCAACUGUUUUCAUUACGUCCACAUCGACCGUAUACUUCUCGUUUUCUGAGUUUUGUGAAUCCAGUUAUUAGUUAUAAUCUGAAAUCUCGACCAACACCAGUAAUUAUGAAACUUGAACACUCGCAAUUCAAUUUCAUAUUUUCUCCUCAACUCGCCACAGUUUUACAAGUUUUUGACAAGUAUAAACACGAAAUCAGACUAUGUGGCGGUGCUGUACGCGAUAUUCUGUUAGGCAAAGCGCCUACUGAUCUGGAUUUCGCCACUACAGCUACUCCCGACGAAAUGCUUCAAAUGAUGGCAAAAGAAAAUAUUAGAGUAGUUAAUAAAGGGGGUUUUAAACACGGAACAGUAACUCCUCAUGUUGAUGGUGUUAAUUUUGAAGUUACUACCCUAAGAAUUGAUGUUGUUACUGAUGGCAGACAUGCUGAUGUUAAAUACACCAAAGAUUGGAAACUAGAUGCAGGACGAAGAGAUUUAACAAUUAAUUCCAUGUUCUUAGGAAUGGAUGGUGUAGUAUAUGAUUAUUUUGAUGGAUAUAAAGAUUUAAAGACACGUCGUAUAAGGUUUGUUGGUGAUCCCAAUGUGCGCAUCACUGAGGAUUAUUUAAGAAUUUUACGAUACUUCAGAUUUUAUAGUCAUUUGGCUUUGGGACCUAACACUCAUGACGAAAAUAUAAUUAAAGCAAUACGAGAAAAUGGCAGUGGACUCAAACAAAUAUCUGGUGAACGGAUUUGGUCAGAACUUCGUAAAAUGUUAGAAGGAAACCUUGGACCUGAGUUAAUAAUGACUAUUCUAAGUUUAGAGUUAGGUCCAUAUAUCGGUCUCCCUAUGCAACCCGAUACAAACGAGUUUGAUAAAGUUGUUAAUCAAACCAUGGACCUAAAAUUACAACCAAUUACAUUGCUAACAGCAUUAUUAAAAGAUUCAUAUGAUAUGCAUGAACUUGACAAGCGUUUAAGAUUCCGGGUGUUUGAAAGGGACUUGGGAUUGUUCAUAAUUGAAACUAGAAAUGAAAAAUGGACUCCAGACACUAUUAAAAAGUAUAAAAUAAAAAUUAUACAAAAUCAAACUAAACAAGCAGUAAUGAAAGAGUAUGUUGAACAGUUACUGAUGUAUAAAAAUGAAAGAACCAUUCUUGCAGAAUUUGAAAAGUGGACACCUUUAAAGUUCCCUGUUACAGGAAAUAUGAUUAAAAAUUAUGGUGUAAAAGAUGGGAAGAAAAUCGGAUCAAUUAAGAUGAAACUUGUUGAAUACUGGGCAGAUAAUGAUUUUCAAACAGAUGUUGAAGAAUUAUUAAAUUUAAUACCUAAAGCUGAAGAGGAAUUAAGCCAAGUUUCAAAAACUUAGAUAAAUAGAUUAACAAAACCUGGAUAUUUCCAAUUCUUUUUUAUGAUGUAAAUUUUAUAUGAAAUAGCUUAAAAAAUAUUUAUUGUUGAU